GAUAUAAAUUUAUCGCAGCGUUGAACAAAAUAAACUAAAAAUGAAGCGGUUAAUGUUACUUUUGUUUGUUUCUUCUUGUGCGUCCAGCUAUGCCGUUCAGCUGGAAAGUCAGAUAAAUAACGAGGAAUUCCCUAGAACUGACGAAUUAAACAAUAAUUCAGACUAUGGAUUCGCACAAGUGAGAUUUCCCAAGAGGGCCAAACGGGAUCUUAAUACAGACGAAUUCUUUGUUAAUAUAAACAUCGAUGGUGAAGAUACUCGUCUGAACUUAACGCUCACUGAAAAAAUCCUCAUGAACAAUGAGACUCCGGUGUGGAAUGCCGCACGCAAUGAUUCUACUGAAGAAAUUGAGUAUACAUUAUAUGACGAGAUAAUGGAGCAAAUAGGGGACUUCGAUUUUUAUCAAGACUACGUCAAUCGGGCUGCAAUCGUUGUUUUCCAUGACGACAAUUCCAUUGAGGGCUGGGUGAACUAUUAUCGCUUCGAAGAAAUGCCGACGGCUUCCAUGACUCCGGAGACUGUGGAGCACAUUUAUGAUAAGAAAUAUCUCUUGAAAAAGUAUGCCUCAUUCAAUCAUUCGCAGCUUUUGGGGACAAACGACUUGCAGAAUAUCAAGGUUGACCAUGCUAAUGGCACCCGUACUCCUCCUGAAUUUGUUUAUCCUCAAAUAUUGAUUCAGCUAAAUCCUGAAAAUCCUAUGAAAAAUGAAACGAAAACCCUGAGGCGAAUGAUAGCCUACUGGAAUGCCGUUGAUAUGCUCUUCAAUGUCCUGGAGAAUCCUAAAAUCAAAAUCAAUGUUGCUGGUAUCAUCAUUCCUAGGGAUAACUAUUCGGAUCCAUGGAUCACCUCCCAUAAAUUCCUCAGAAGGAAAGAUGAUCUGGUUGUAGAUCCAAAUGAAGCCCUGGAGGCCCUAGGCCAGCACUUUUCUAAGCUCCGUCAACAAUUUCCAGAUUAUAACUAUGAUUUUCUGUUCAGCUUUACCGCCGAUACAAUGGAUCAGGAUAUAUUAGGAAUAACACGGUUCAAUGUUUCUUGCUGGGAUCGACAAUCGCGCAUUGCAAUUGUGAACAUUAACACGAUUUAUUCUGCGAGCGCUCACGAACUCGGACAUAUAUUCUCGACUGAACAUGAUUAUGGACUUCGGGGUUGUGCACGGGCACCUGGAAUUAUGAGCCAUAUUGAUAAAACUAGACUUGAAUUUCUCACUUGGUCGGUCUGCUCUAGAGACAACAUUGCUGGGUACUUCAGGAGGUUCGAUUCCCAGUGUCUCGAUAAUUGUCCUUCAACAAUUAAAAAUUGUAAGCGUCAGUUGACCAGGGCUAGAAACAUCUGCCUUAUGUCCAGGCAUCAGUACUCCCGUCAGAAGCUGGAUUGUGCAAAAGGUGUGAAAUGCCGAUCUUUAGAUCCUUCGGGUCCCACAGAUAUUUUUAUUCCAGUUCCAGAUUGUACCAUAGCAAGGAGAAAUAGCACAGGGCAUCCUAAAUCAGUUUGUGUCAAUAAUCGAAAAAUGUUAUAUAGGUUGGCUGACGAUUACUGUCAUAUUUAAGAAUAACUUUAAAUUGGUAAUGAAUUUUGUGUUGUGUUAAAUGAUACGAGGCAAUUAAGCAAAGAUAACAAAUAAAAAAAUG